CGUUGGUUGAAAAUCCCCGGAUCCUCGAACGGAUACGUACAAGUAUGUAUGUAAAUUAUCACAACUCGUGCACCUCGCAGCAUGUCACGCCGACCCCGCUUCCGACAACUCGCGGGCAGCAGCAGGAGCCGCAGGCCCAUUCCUGUUAUCUUUGUCCCUUUCUACAUACAUACCGCCUCCAACUUCAAGCGGACGCAGGGAGAUCUCGCUCACUACCCCAUCACACAAUACCCAACCCAUAGAUCCGAGCGUCAACGUCAUAUCUCACCUCGAUCGCCCCGGAAGCCGGUCCCGGCCGCAAGACGUGUGCUAGCGCCCUUCAGAUCUGGGCUAUCGCCUUUGCCCACAAGCUUGCCCGGCAAGCUGCAGGUCAAGACAGAUGCGGCAGGUCGUCUCGACAAGGGGGACCCGCUUGGUGCCAACAGCGCGCAGCAAAGUCUUUUGCCCUUCGCGUUGUGGCUCCCGUCGCCAUGAUCAUGAGCAGCGUCAUCUGAGCCGCGAUGCUACCCCGGAAGUCUAGGCCGUUUCAACAAGGAAAGCGAGGCAUUCGGGCAAAUCGAUCUGCCGAGCGAAACCAAUCAGCAUUGCUAUCGAAGCGAAGGCGAUUGCGCGCAUUCCCAAAC